GGUUCAAUCACACUUCUUUAACUUCUCAAAACGUUCGAAACUUUUAAAAUAUUGUAAAAACGGUAAAUUUAGUUUUCAAGAUGAAAGUUACUUUUAUUUGGCUGGUCGCUACUUUGGCAAUAGUCUCAGGUGAACCUGGGAUUCAUAAUAAGGAUGGUCAUCAACCUGCUCCAUACAUAAAUCGUCCUAAAUUCCCAUCGAACCCUCCACGCUACAGUCGUUCCCCAGAACCUCAAGGAUCUAUUGUCUUCCAACACACAAAACCUUUGGAAGGCCCGGAACGUCGUCCAAGUUGGAAUUUAGACUACCAGCAUAAUAUCUAUGAAGGUAAAAAUGGCCAAAUCAGUGCUUCAGGAGGUGCACAAAAGCUUCCUGGAAGAAAUGUUGAACCUCACGUUGGUAUCCAGGGAACAUGGCGGUUCUGAUUCUAAUGAAACACAACUACCUAUCUAAAUAUCACAGUCAUAAUAUCAUACGAGAAUCUAUCACAUGCCAAAUUAUCAUACAAUAAACUACCAUACGUCUAAUUAUCACCUGUUCAAAUAUCGCAAUGUUUUAUCAUCAUGUAAAUAGAUAUUUCAAUUAUCAACAUGAAUCAGUACCUCAAAUAUUGAUAUGUACACGAUUUUCAAUAAUGUUUUUACUUAUGUUGUGAAUUUACUCUGAUAUUCGGACGCAUAAUAUCAUCGUAGAUGAUUAGAUAUUCUUUCUUAAUCGAAAUUUUGCCAUUGAGAUAUUUUGGUCGCGUGUUAGUAUGACUGUGAUAUCCAAUCCUGAUACUUAAAAUACUCAUAAACCAGUAUUUUUUACUAUCCCUGUUUAAAAGAUUGGGUUCGAUUAUUUGGAAAUCCUAAAUUUCCUAUUAAUUCUCAUUGUAUUUUCUAUUAGAAUGAAUCAGAAAUUUCUUGUUUUUGAUCAUGAUUUCUAAAUUUUUAAAUAGAGAUAUCAUUACAUUUCUGUAAAUAGUCAAUUAUAAAUUGUAAAUUUUUUACCGAAUAUUUACUAUGUGUCUGAAGUACUACUGAGAUUUAAAUAAAUUAUAUUUAUAAAACUCAA